GUUAUUGUAGUCUUCUGCCUGAUGUAGACGCACACUGGUUUGCUGCGCAAUAAUGAUGCCAUCACUUUAGUCGAUAGUGCUAAGUGAUAAAGUUGCGGAUGAAACCUCUGGAAGACAGAUAACUGGGGUUACAAGAUUUGGAGCAAUUGCAGCAAGAUUCACCCGCUGAAUUCUUCAGAAGACUACUUAACAAUCUUGAAGUUAUGGCGCAACCAGCAGGAUUCGUCCUGCUCCUAAUCGUUGCGUGUCUCGUCCUCUGUUCGGGGGAACGACCACCAAAGAGGAAGCCGGGUCGGUAUGAUGCUCUCUUUGAUCGCUCCAGGAUCGUGAGUUGUUCGGGAAACGAGACCAUCUCGUUGUCGGCCGGUGACUACGAAUGGAUCUCCUCGCACGAGACCGACGAUGAUGCCCCGUACCCCAAUGACCUGCAAUGUGUUUGGAUUAUUGAGGCACCCAACAAUUAUCGUGUGACCAUACUCGUUGAAUAUUUCGCUCUUGAGUUUGAUUACGAUAUCCUUUAUUUCGGUUCCGGUGAUGAAAACAUUGGGGAUGACCCGGAAGGAGAGUUGACUGGUACCAUCAGGCGAGGCACAAGGUUCAUCUCUGAUGGACGUACCAUGUGGAUUGCUUUCGUCACGGAUGAUAGCGUGCGCGAUCUCGGGUUCGGGUUCAACAUCACCGUCGUUCACAAGUCAGAUAUCAUCCGUUGUGAUAAUGAUCAGGGAAUCAUUGAGGAUGAUCUGUGUGAUGGCAUCGUCAACUGCGAAGAUUUGAGCGAUGAAACAGAUUGUGAUUGUGAGGAGUAUACUUGUGAGAACAAUAUCUGUAUCGCUGACGAUCAGGUGUGCGAUGGCGUCAACGACUGCAUUGAUUUCUCUGACGAAACCGACUGCCCCAACUGUAGAAAAUUCAACCACAGGCAGUGCGCUGCACGACUCGACUACAAGCGGUCAUACUUCCCUAACGCCAUGGUGACUACACACAGGAAGGGGAAACGAGAAUACAGGAUCGUGCGACGCAUUGCGAACUGCCACGAGAUGUUUCUCACGGCGGCUUGCAGUAUGCUCUUCCCACAAUGCACCGCCGGUACCACGACCGUAGCCAGGAUAUGCAAAUCUCUAUGCUAUGAGAUCGAGGAGAGUUGUCGAGGUGACUUCGAGAAUCUGGAAAUGGGGGACUGGCCAGUGGAAUGCGAGAUGCACUCCGACGAGAACCCGGAUGGAGAAGGCUUCUGCGAUGGACCGGAAGGAGAUUAUUCUGGCCUUGGGACUUGCGGUGAACGCCCAACGUAUAGCCGUAUAGUUGGUGGUGUAGACGCAAUCUAUGGAGAGUGGCCUUUCAUAGGUUCUUUGCGUUCUCGGGGUGGUCACGUCUGCGGAGCUACCUUGAUCAAUCCAGGAUGGGCUGUCACGGCAGCUCAUUGUCUCUAUGCCUUCAAUCGCAUUACCCUCGGUGACCUGCAGUUGGACAGUGAAACAAGCGCAAGUUUCACGACUAAUAUCGCCGAUCAGAUUGGACAUGAAUGGUAUGAUGACGACAGCACCGAUUACGACUACGCUAUGCUCCGACUGGAGGAAAGGGCGCCUAUCGGCAACUACAUCCAGCCAGCUUGUUUGGCCGAAUCACAUAGGGAACACGAGUCCUACAGGAACUGCUACAUCGUUGGUUGGGGACUUACAGCAGAGGAUGGUGACAUAGCCAACACGGUGCAGAAGGCCCAUGUCAAGUUGAUCGACUUUGACGAGUGUAACGCUGCGUAUGAUUUUGAGCUUAAUGAGAGGAUCCAUAUUUGUGCAGGUUAUAUGGUUGGUGGCAUCGAUACUUGUCAGGGUGACAGCGGUGGACCGUUGAUAUGCGAGGGGGUCGACGGGCGUCAGCACCUUGUGGGUGCCACAAGCUUCGGCUACGGGUGCGCUCGCCGGGGUUCUCCCGGAGUCUAUGCCCGUAUCUCUUCCAUGACUGAAUGGAUGCAAGACGUUAUGGAUCGAUACGCGGAGGAUGGGGAUGAUUAAAUGAAUUUUAUCCAUCCCUAGGCUUAAUCCCUUAAUGUAUGGAUGAUUAAACAAAUUUUCAGUUCUUGAUUAUCUUCUAGGGGCGUUGCUAUAUUGCCGCCACAUCUAGAUGUUGGCAGAUUGUCAAUUUUACUACUUUUUCUCAAAGCUUUCUGGGCACAUUUAAACCCCCCCUUUCAGUUAGCCAAUUCGAAACAUUUUUGACGGCAGCCAGGGCAUCGUUUCACAAAACCGUCAGAAGCACAAGUUCCACCAAUUGAAACACAAAUUGAAUCUAAAACGUGCAUUUCACGGAUUGUCGGCGAACAUGGCGGUUUCGUGAAACGCUACCCAGGUCGACAAUUGGCCUCCAUAAUUUUCUUUCUUAUAUCAAAAUCAGAGUACUCGCGGCGCCCCUGUUUUGAUUCAUUGUAAGAAUCCAGAGUAGACUUUUUUUGCUGUGCUAUUACACUGCCGUCGUAUAUUUAGACUAGACUAAAUAUUUGUAUAUAAUGAUUGACACUUCGCCCUCCGCCAUAUUAAAGGACCCUAAGAUGAUUAAAAAUGAGAUGAUGAAGAAGAAG